AUGACGAAACGAUCUUGCGAUGGGUGUAGGCGGCGGAAGGUCAAGUGCGAUGCGCAGAGCCCGCAAUGCUCAAAUUGUCUAAUGUCAUCCAUGACUUGCGCAUACACCGUUCCGGCGAAGAAACGGGGGCCGCCCUUUCGAGCUCAAAAAUCAGACCAGACCACAACUCAGACAAAAUAUAACCGGCCGAGUGGCGAAGAGUCUAUCUCAGGGAGUUCUCAAGUUACAGACUCCUUUGUUGCCAAUCUAUCAAACUACAACCAAGCUCUCAGUUGCCCUACCCGUCAGAAGAAUUCCGCCCAUGCUCCAUUCGACGCAGCCGUUACCGAUCUUCUCCCAGCUCUGGGGAAGGCCCUACCAUAUGUCCCAUUAGAAGACGUCCUAUCUUCCUGCAUUGAUCUUUACAUGCAAUGGGAGUUUCCGACCAGCCCCAUCAUCUGCGAACCAAUGGUUCGACAAAUGUUGCAUGCCGUGGUUCCAAUUCUCCGGAGGGAAAUUUCGCUACCCAGUGACCCGGCAACGAGCCAUUCCAACUCAGGCAUUCCAACCAUCCGGGCAUUUGCGCUCCUUACGGCCCUCUGCGCAGUGGUCUCUUCUACUUUGCCAUCCGAGAUAUUUCCUGGUGGCGCAGCACUCGCGAUGCCGUUCCUCAGAACGUCGCGAGAGGCUCUUCGACUUUAUCAAGACUACGAUAUUGAACACCCGGAGUCGAGCUCAAUCAUCAUCCGUUACUUCCACUCCAACGCCUUACAUGCCCUCGGAAAGACCAGUGUGUCGUGGCAUGCUAUGGGAGAGGCACUACGACUCGUGCAGGAGAUGCGAUUGUAUGACGAGGAAUCUUUUCGCAAUCUCGGGUGGCCCGAGGCUCAGUUGAGAAGAAACACCUUCUGGCAUCUCUACAUUGGGGACAAGUCCGCCUCAAUUCUGAACAAAGUUCCCAUCUCGCUCCAUCAGAUCUGUCUGGAUAGUCCCAUUACUACUAUAUUCGAGGAGUCUGAGGAUUGCAAACUCAUUCAGGCCGGCCCGGAACCCGAGACUGCUAAUUUUGAGCGACGUUUGCGUCUAUGUUUCAACUUAUGCUUCCAACUUUGGUAUACGGCUUCUGAAAUGCUCGUCGACUUGAACUUCCUGUCACGACUACGCGGCAAAAUUGGGUCGCUGAGCUCGGCUACUUCAAAUGAUGCAUCAGAUCUGAAGAAAUCUACCAUGCAGUUAUACUUCGACUUUACCAAUAUUCUCCGUUAUUGUCCAACUUGGGUUCGUGAUCCCAAAACUGCAGUCCCGGGAACACCCAGCGAGGCGACAUCCCAGUUCCGAAUCAGGGCAAUAUCCAUUCAGAAAGCCAACUUAUUUGUCACCUUCCACACGUUGCGCCUGGUCCUUCUUAAUCGUUUUGCUGAGCGAGGCUCCAUCGAGGUUCUAGGGCUGACAGACGACCCAGUGAUGCUUGCGAUGCGCAAAGUCGAGAUAGCGAGCGAUCUCUUGGAGGCUGUGUCGGACAUCCCUUUUGAGGCAUUACAAGCCAACGGGGAACCUUGUGUCGAAAAGCUCCGGCAAGUCGGCGUGGCUUUGCUCGAAAUCAUGCACAACGUCGGCAACGAGGCCAUAUCCACUCGUGCUAGAUCUCUCUUUGGCACGCUGUUGGACAUCCUAGCCCGGCUAGAUUCGAGAAUAUCAGACGAGCUGAGCAACGAUCGCGAGUCAUAA